AAAGCACUGCUCAUGCACAGGAACUCAUUCAUUUCAGUCUGAGACUGAGUGGAGCGGAGGGCAGAGCAGCUACCCAUCAUGUGUCGUCCGUGUGAUUCAGCUUGUGUCUCGGCCUUUGGGACUAGAUCGAAUACCACCGUUAGUGGGACGAUGAUGGAACUAGGAGUUAACACCAGUGGGGUUGAUGUAAACGGCAACUGUGAGAUCCAUGACGGCAUCCUGUCUCCUGCCUUACCCAUUCUCUACUCAAUAAUCUGCUUCUUCGGCCUGGUCAGCAACACCAUGACCAUUUUUGUGUUCUUCCUGAAGAAGCACUCCGACUCAUCUAUGGCUGUGUACCUGAGACACCUGGCCAUAGCGGACUUCCUGUUGGUGCUGUGUCUGCCUAUGCGGGUCUAUUACCACAACAGCCAGGGCCCCUUCUACAUCUGCAAGGUGCUGGGCAUCUUCUUCUACGUCAACAUGUAUGCCAGCAUCCUGUUCCUCAUCCUGAUCAGUCUGGAUCGCUACCUGAAGAUCAUCAAGCCUGUGUGGGUCCUGAGAAUCCACAGGGUGCGGUGGAGCCACCGGGCGUCCUUCUCGGUGUGGGCAAGCCUGAUCCUGGGCAUGUCUCUGUUCUUCCUCAGGAAUGACAGGCAGCAACCCUGUGACAAGAUCUGCUUCCACUUCCACCAUAAAGGUCUUCUGGGGGGCCUGGCCAACCUCACCAUGGUGGCCUUCUUCUGUGCCACUUUCAUCCUCUUCCUCUGCUUCUACGCCAGCAUAAUCACCAAGGUGAGGACCAUGUCCUUAGGGAACCUGGACCCCAAGGCCCAGCGGAAGAAGAGCAGGGUGGUCCGGAAGACUUUUGUGGUGCCGGUGAUCUUCACACUGUGCUUCCUGCCAUACCACCUGGUGCGAGUGCCCUACGUGCUGGCCCAAAUGGAUCUGAUUCAGGCCCUGGAGAGUAAGCAGAUUCUUCACAUCCUCAAUGAGCUCACUCUGCUCCUGUCUUCCCUCAACAGCUGUCUGGACCCCAUAAUCUACUACUUCCUGUCUUGCACCUAUAGGAGGACUAUCCUCUGUGCCCUGCAGGGGCAGUUCAAGACCAUGUGUGCUGUUAACAGUAGACGCAACAGUAGACGCAUCAGUAUUAAUCAAUCUUUUACAGAGAUAUAGAGCCAUCUAAGGCAGGGAGUUUUUAACAUUUUGCACAAUGGGGUUAAACAUCUAUUUAGAUUAGUAACUGAGAAAUUAUGUAUAAUGUACAAUACAUGUUAAUCCUGUUGAUACUAUUGACUCUAUAAAAUAAAGUAUAGAAGGGUAUUAUUGAAUGUACAUUAUGAAAGAUUAAUAUAUAUAUAUGAACUCUUGUUAUCAAGUUCUUACUGGCCUUUGUAGAUAUAAUUGUUGGUCCAGUAAGAAUGGUGUUUGUAUAAGUAUCUGUACAGUCUGUUAUUUGAGUAUAUAACUCACACUUAUGGUGACCUUGGUUAAUGGUUGUCAUGGUUAAAAGGGCAUUAUAAACCAGGUGGUUCGAGCCCUGACUGGUGAUGCUGAUUGGCUGAAAGCCGUGGUAUGCCACGGAUAUGUCCCCAAAAAAGGUUUAUUGUCACAACCUCUGUCUGAAAACGUAUGAAUUUGAUGAAGUACUAACAAAAGCUGUAAUGGCCAUGUUGUCAGUCUUGUACACUUUUUAAAAUAUGUUUUUCUGCCAUGAGAUCAGUAAAUGUAUAUUUCCACACAAUAGAGAGCCUUGAAGUUUAUUUAUGUGGAUAUUUGCCUUUUACAGUUGAAAAAGUUAAGUACUGAUUAAGUUCACCAAAGUUAAUUUCAUUUGAUGUUCAUGAGGGAUUGUCUCAUAACACUGAGACUUUUAUUUUCUUGCUUUCAAGACAUUUGUAUUAAAUGUAUAUUAAAUGAUAAUAGAGUACUGAUCAAUUUAAGUAAGCAUGUGAGUAGUAUGUAUAGAAGAGGCAGUAUAUUAUCAAACUUUUAAGUAGUCUGAUCCAAUCACUGUCAGGAUUCACUCAGUUAUUCAGUAAUUUAUCAAAUAAAUGAUGGGUUGAAUUAUUUCGUUUUAUCACCUACUGCACAAAAACAGGCUGGGCUUCGACUAACAGCAUAGAUUGAUCACAGAGAAGCAGAGGAAAGAGUGAAAUACCUGUUGUUCAAAGCCAGAAGCUCACUUUGAUGAUAUCACUGUCACUGGUGGAUGAUCAGCAGCCUUUCAUUAAAGAGAACAAAGCCAUUUCCAGUCUUUAUCUUGGAUAAAUACUGUUUGGUGCGUAUUUAGGCUUAUUGCAUUUGGAUGAGUUGACCUUGCCGUACAAUACCUGAAGUAACAAUGUCCAUAGCUGACAAACAUAUUUUUUUGUCGUUCGUAUAAUAGCUUGUAAAUGAUCCUUUGUCUGACAUUUCAAACCGAUUCUUAUCCUUUUUAAUCAAGGCAGUGCACAGACCUUUCAGGGUGCAGGUGCUCAAAAUAAAAACACUUUCAUAAUUCAUAUCUUGAUAUUCCUAAAAUAUCAACUGCCUCUGUAGCGAUGUAUUUUUAUUUUGAAGAAAAGGGCUAUUUAUUUGUACAAUACACUCAUUACAAAUUGUAAGCCUCCUAAAGACAUGAUUGACAGGGGAAAGAGGGUGGGCUUUCAGAUUGUCAUUGUUGAUAAUUGAUGUUAACCUGCUAGUUAGCUAGCUUGAUUUUUUAUUUUUUUUGUACUGAUUGUGAUUUAUCCUCGAUGUUCUUAAAUUCUUAAAUAAUAAUUUUAUAAUGUAACAUUCAUAAUCUUCUAAAUCAUGAUAUAUGACUGGCUGGCAAGUGGCUUGUAUUAGACUGCCUGUGUUGCUGCUGCCCUGACAUAUGAUGCAACUCCCGACUGAAGAAGGCAUGGAGUUGAGUCAGAGGGUCGUUGAUGAAGACGCACCUCUGUCUUUCUGCCUCUCUCUGCUGCGUUUAUUAGCCAACCAGACCAGGUAUUGAUGAUGCUAUUUAAUCUAGUGUUAUCAAGUGUUAAUAAAAUAUUAUGCUGAUGUGGCAGUACUGCUGAUAUUUAAACUAGGUAGUUGGCUAGUUGCAAAGGGUCGGAAACUUUCCGGUAAAUUUUCCGAAAAUGUUUCAUGGAAAGUUUGCUUAAUAAAUUCAUCAAAAAAGUUAGCUUAUAACAGUGAACCUUUUUUUUGUGGGAUACACAUAAGGCAAUUCUAGGUCUUGUGGCAUAUUUUGGUUAAACUAUCCGCAAUUCAAUGGAAUUGCAACCCUCUGCAUGCACAGUGCAUUCUUCCAUCACAUGUGCAGCUGAUUCUCAAGAGCUUGCACACUAAUGAGAUGCUGUUGAGCCCACACUACUACACUGUCUGAGCCAAGGACUACAUUCUUUCUGGUAGGUUUUGAUGACAAUACUGGGUGGGGUGGAUAUAUGACAAUUUUUUUGUUAACUAGUAAAUAGCAGCCUACAGCAAAGUGUGUAUAAAUAAUUUAGAACUUGUUAACCAUUUCUGCUAGUUAGUUUAUGCUACCAUGUGGGUUUUAGCUUGCUUGAGCCUGCUAACUGAGGAGUGUUAAUUCACCUGUUUCCAUACAUGUUUCAUUUAAAAAUAUACAUCUUACAAAGGAGUUGUUUAAUCUAACUGCUUAACUAUUUAUCUGUACAUGGAAUUGUAUUUGUUUUUUCUCCCAAAAAAUUAUAACGUUUACAGGAAAAUGCCACGGGUGUUACGCCCUGUCCUUAGAUAUCUCUGUUUUUCUAUAUAUUUUGUUUAGGUCAGGGUGUGACUUAGGGUGGGUACUUUAGUUUUUGUAUGUCUAGGGGUUUUUGUAUGUCUAUGUUGGCCUGAUAUGGUUCCCAAUCAGAGAGAGAUGUUUAUCGUUGUCUCUGAUUGGGGAUCAUAUUUAGGUAGCCAUUUUCCUAAUUUGUGUUGUGGGAUCUUGUCUAUGUAUAGUUGCCUUAGUGCACAUCAGUAGCGUCACGUUUCGUUUGGUUGUUUGUUGUUUUGUUCAGUGAGUUUCGAUUUAUUAAAAUUAUGUGGAACUCUA